AUGUUUGUGUGUCUGAGAAUCGACAGCUUCUCGGGGUGCGAGCAGGUUUAUUUAUGGCUGUACUCCGAAAAGGACUGGGAAACGGCAAAGGGACUGUGUCAGUGUCCACGGCGGGUACGGCUGCCCUGGUGUGGAAGCAGAAGGGGGCAUGGUGCGCCUGCCUGGGGACCCCCACACAGUGCCGCUCCGGCGGGCGCCCGUGUGCUCCGCAGACGUGUCGUGGGAAAAACACGGCCUCCUGGUUUACGUUAUGUAGGAUUAUGGAAUCGCUGGAGGAGUUCACUGGUGCGGUGUUUUAGAGCACUUUGCUGCAAGGGACCGCCACCACCGCGACCUGAAUAUGACUUGGUUUGUAUAGGCCUCACUGGUUCUGGCAAGACAAGUCUUCUGUCACAGCUUUGCAGUGAAAGCCCGGAGAAUAUAGUGUCUACCACAGGUUUUAGUAUAAAAGCGGUGCCAUUCCAGAAUGCCAUCUUGAACGUAAAAGAACUUGGAGGGGCUGACAAUAUCAGGAAAUACUGGAGUCGUUACUACCAAGGAUCCCAGGGGGUAAUAUUUGUAUUAGACAGUGCCUCCUCUGAAGAUGACCUAGAAACUGCUAGAAAUGAACUGCAUUCUGCUCUCCAGCACCCACAGUUAUGUACUUUGCCGUUUUUAAUACUGGCCAAUCAUCAAGACAAGCCAGCAGCUCGCUCCGUUCAAGAGAAUCAGGCUCUUACAACCUCGCUCAAUGUGCUUGUCUUUCUGAAAUUGCCUCAGAAUUGGUAUUGCCAGUGUAUUCACAAUGAUGCUUCAGCCUUUGGGCCACAUGGCUCGACCAGCGAAGAGCAGGUUCAGCCACCUACCCAUGAGGAUCCCAGCUUUGCCAGGGGACCCCCAUGUGGUGGCACGGACCACCACCCCCAGCAGCCUGGCUCGGCAGGCACAGCUGGAGACUUCCUGUGCUGGAAGGAGAUCAAAAUUUCCUGUGUCCAAAGCUGGUUUCAUCUUGAUUGGUGA